AACAUCCAACAGACCCACUGAUGGGAUUUGAACAGUGCAUCUAUUGUUUACCAGGCGAUCGUAUUACCGUUUAUAUUACAGAGCGUCUGUGAUUACUGCUUCCGUAACAAAGGUGAGACAGACAGACAGACAGAUAGACAGAUUCAAAGUCAUUGAGUACAGUGUCCGGUUUUCGAAUUACACCUGCUUUGUAACGGAGGCAGAUUGAUGGAUGUAAUGUAAGAAUCGAUGAUAUCGGGCCCCAGUGUUUGACUGAUAUUUGAUUUUUCUCUCUAGAAGGAUGGAAGAUAGUCGACUUCGGCUGGAUUUGAAACUGUAGCGCAAAUGAUCAUUUCUAGAAUCGACAAAUAAUGCAGAAUGCAUUCAGAAGAUCCCAAGUAUGAAUCUACGAAGUUCAGUGAUGAUUAUAACAAAGCUAGAAUCAUUUGUUACAUCUGUGGUAUUGACUGUAAUCCCAAAAAUUCAUGCCAACAUGAAGCACUUUGCCUAAAUGACUGGCUCAAGGAAAACCACACGUAUGCCUAUUAUGCACCCCAACAGCCAAAACCAUACCCAAAUCCUUUCCUUUCAAAUGCAAAGCAAAUACACAAAUACAAUCAAACAGCAGCCGACACUGCAGUACGUUGCAUUGAUAUCACACCGAAACCAAUUAAAAAACAUGAUAUAAAGAGAAUUCCAGCUUUAGGUUUGAAACCACCAAACACUCUGAUUCAACCACAGAAAUUUGUACGCCAGGACGACCAGGACUAUGUUGUGAAAAAGAAAAUUCAGGAUAAAAUUGGUUCUUUGAAGUAUGUAGAUGAAAAGCUCCCAAAGACUAUUCUACAUGAUGUGCUAGUCAAAACCAUGCAGAAAUAUACACCACUCUUACCUGAACUGAGUGCUCCAAGCAGAAUUCCUAGAGAACACCUGUACGGUUAUCAUGUCGAUGAGCUGAAUUCAACCAACAAGCUUAUUCUAAAGCCAUGCUAUAUUGCAACUGAACAAUUGAUAAAAAGUGGAUUGCCAAGUCAUGUGGGACUGGCAUCGAGACGACCAGUUCAAAUAUCAUCCAAAAUAACUACAAUUUAAUCAAGAUGACAUUCUUAGCCCUUUCUACCCCAAACCUGGAAGUGUAUAGAAUAAAAUAUGCAUGAAGAAAGAAAAACACAUGCACAUGAUA